AUGUCAUCAUCACUGUACCAGCCACGCCCGGUCCUGUCCUCGCAAAGGUACUCGCCUGCAUCGUCAGAUUAUCUCGAUGCCAGACGGAACUUCAACGCGGACAGCAGCAGACUUCCCCUGAGGGAGUCGACUGGCAACGUCCAGUCCGGUGCCUUUGGUGGCAUGUUAUCCUGCUACACAGAUGGGUUAUCACCACCCAUUCCCAGCACCAUCCCGCCUCCCAUCGUACCCUCGCAGUCGUUUGACUGCCUUCAUCGCCUCCAGACUCCUCGACACCAGGCACCUCGCUACCAACGGAGACCGCGAAAUGGCGUCAAUCCUCUCUACUUCUGGCCCGCUUUCCGACAGUACCGGAAUAGGCAAGCCCAUAAAGAUACGCAAAAGGACAAGGGUGGAGUCUGGCGGCGACCAGAACUUGAGGAUGCUUUUGUCGACUCCGUGCUCUUGAUGCCGCAUAUGGGUCGACGCAAGUUCUCGAUGGGUGGCAAGCUCCACGGACGCAACAUGCUCAUCAGCGAAUACAUCUUUGUCAUCUGCGUCGAACUCCUGGGAAGCAAGGAGAUCUUCCGCAUUGACAACAGCAAUGACAGCAUCGAACAGAUGGGUCGGAAACAAGUUUCAAGUCACAUGCAGGUCGUAAAGAAGUUCUUUGAGGACUUGCGUUGCUUUCACUUCCUGUUUCCAGCAGAAGAGAAGAAGGAGCCCGGAACGACGAAUUCGGACGACUUCUACGAGGAAGAGGAGCAGGAGUCUUUCAAGUCGAACCCUGUCCUGACCGCGCUCGCAGAGGGCAGGGUGCCCGAGGUGAAACCCAACUAUGAGUACUUCUCCCAGCUGCUGGCACUGCAGUCGGCCAUCAGUGUCAGGCCCAAGACGUGCGAGAUCUUUGUUUCGUCGCCCGAUGUUGAGUUCCGGGAUGAGAUUGCGUAUGACGCCAACAACCAGCCCCUCGACCCGGCCUCCUUCCCCCACCUGAACAAGUACGCCAACUGCGACGACGGGCCCAACAUUCUGGGCAAGGAUGUGCUGCUGCACGAGUACACGAGGUCUCUGGACCGCUCCACCUCUGCUUGUGUCAAGACGGUGACUCGAAGGUGGCAGAAGGAGGCCCCGGCUCUGUACGAGACCCUCGAGCUGCCCACCCGAGACGAAGAGUGCCUCCUCCUGGAGAUGUGCACCACUGUUGAGCUCAAUGAUGAUGCCAAAUUCCCAUCGGGCUCAGAGAUCACCGGGUUCGUCGAGGUCGCCGUUACCCGCCCAGGGCUUCAGAACCACCGAUGGAAGUGUGUGACCAAGUUGACGCGGCCUGAGGAGCUGCACAGCGAGGACUCGCCCCCAAAAGUGUACAUUAAUGAAAGUGGGAUCCACCGCAAGGGAUGCGGCGACUCUCGAACUGACUGCGAGUGCCACCUGCGCCCUCGACAAGAUAUCCACGUCCCCUUCCCCGCCGUCGAGUGGGCGAGCAUUCUCAGCACUGCGGUGCACUACCCAGAUGCCGAGCACCAGAGGAAGAAGGAGAAGCGCAACAAGCACGGGGACAAGAGGCUCGACAUGGAGAGGGCCGGAAGCAAGCGCAAGCGGUCAGAGGACGAGGGCGACGCUUCAGCUUGGGCCAGGCGGGAGCCAACAGGCAGCGACCUCAUCUGCAAGGUGGCCAUGUAUCAGGAGCUUUGGUCAUGCCCCCCUGACUCGUCGCGAUGGACCCGCCAGGCCAUCAUCUUCUGGCGAUUCAGCACGACCAACCAAUGGUACAAGUACAACCCCGUCUUUCGACCCUCGGGCACCACCUGGCGUUGGUUGACGGUCAACGACCCCAUGUCCCGAUACCACCAGCAGAAAGCCCUCGUCUACCCCUCAGCCCCAGUGUCGGCCGUCCCGAGGGACGCUGUCAUGUCGCCGACGCCGAGCAUCAGCCAGCACAUCACGGCGGCCAUGAACGAGACAUUCAACCAGGCCUGGGACAGCACCGUGGGCCUGAGCCAGGUGCCGCCCGCGGGCAGCAGCAUGUCCAUGUUCGACUCCUUCUCCAGCGGCCUGGCGACGCCUCCCCCCUCGGCGUCGGUCCACGGAUCCUACUCCACCAACGCCGGCAGCUUCGACGCCGCGGGAAGCGUCAGUCACUUCAUGCCGCCCACGUGCGCGCCCGAGACGCAGACUCCCGCGGCCAUGACGCACACGCCGACGACCUACUUCGACGCGGCGCCCCCCUCGGCCGUCACCACCUUCUCCGAGGUCAAGCCCAUGCCCGCCGUCGUCCACCCGUACAUGGGGGCCGCCGCCGCCGGCUCGCUCGACCUGACCAGCCACCUCGUGUAUGACGGCGCGGCGCACCACGGCCAGAGCUCGAGCAGCAGCAAC